AUGCAACAUCCCAGGUGCGAAUGGCACCAUCUGUUCUUUUUCAUCGUACUUUUUGGGAAAGGGCAAAGUGUGAAGAACGAUGCCACCGAGCUGCAGGACGGUGCGGCGCUGGAUGUCGUCCCGGACGUCCCGAGCAACGAGUCGUUAAACCGCGCGCAGAACGGCGGGAGACAGAUGGAGUCUCCGCACGAAGGUGAGUUCAACCAGGUGGGCUGUCGGGAGCUGCGCUCCACCAAGUACAUCUCGGACGGCCAGUGCACCAGCCUCAACCCCGUGAAGGAGCUGGUCUGCGCGGGGGAAUGCCUCCCUACCCACCUGUUGCCCAACUGGAUCGGCAGCAGCCACAACGGCCGCUCCUCGAGCCGCAGAGAGGUCCAGGAGUGGCGCUGCGUCAUCGACCGCACCCGGACCCAGCGGAUCCGCCUGCAGUGCCAGGACGGCAGCUCCAGGACUUACCGGAUCACGGUGGUGACGUCCUGCAAGUGCAAGCGCUACACCCGGCUGCAGAACCUGUCGGAGCGCCACCGGCCCCUGGAGCAGGCGGCCCACUCGGAGGCUCUGGACCCCGCGGCCCACAACGCCAAACGGAGGAGGGAGCAGGAAACCACGAUAGGACCCCUGGAAAACCGGGCUCGGAGGCAGAGUGACUGAGGCUCCUACAGCCACCACUUCCCCCCCCCACCUGGACGCUCCCAUUGUUACGCACACAUCGACCGAUGGAAAAGUACUGUACUGUGCUGUAAUAAGUCUCUCGAUGUUACUUCACUGAAAACGACUUCAGUGGACUUACAGGACAACCCUGACCGGUUCCUCAGUGCCUGGGUUGGACACUGCCCCCCUACGCAGAAUGCGAGGGGUGGGAUUUAGGAGCGAAAUAGGCCUAUAUGAUACAUCUUAUUCAAUAUGUAACCAUUAACCAGAAAUUUACCCAGUUUAUGUUUGUAAAGUUUUCAAAUGUUUGUCACAUUAGUUACAUGCGUAGU